UAAAAAAUAACAGCAUUAAAAUGUCUACCUUAAAACUGAACAUGCAAGAUAAAAAGGACUUGGAUAAGUUCACAAAAUUUUUGGCAUUGAAAGCUGCUCAAAUUAUAGUGCAGUCGAGGUCAGGUGAAAAGGUCAGCACAAAGUGCAAGCCAAAUUCAUCUGGAACAGAUUGGUUCAACUUAGCUAUUCAUGAUGUACCAGAGGUUUUGGCUGAAGCUAAGAGGGCACUAUGUGGAGAAAUAGUAAAUUCAACCAUACCUCUUUGCAUUGAAAUUUCAUUAAGAACCAUUGAAGGUGAUACAAUGGUUUUAGAAACAUGGAGCCUUGGUGUUUUACCAGAACAUAGUGAUCCCACUGUAAGAGUGACCUACACAGUAUAUAACAGAAUGGGUAUUUUACUGAAAUCGUUAUUAUCUGUGUCAAGAAUUACUCCAGCUUACAAAUUAAGUAGGAGACAAGGUCCAGACUCCUAUGUUAUUUGUUAUAGAAUUUAUAUGGGAGAACCACAGCUACAUACAUUAGGUGAUAAUUAUAAACAUGUUAGGGUGGGUCAGUUGUGUACACCUGUGGGGACAAUUCAUUUAUCAGUAUCAUAUAGAACAAAAAUGACUAUAUCCCCUACUCAUACUGGUCGUGAUUCAAUAAUGUUAAAAAGUGAUCAUUUUCAUUCUGACUUAAGCCCUCGUCAUGCAAGAUAUCAACAAAGCGAAGAAACGUCAAAAUCGCUCAGUGAUACUAUCAAAGUUGGAGCGUUUGUAGUUAAUAAGCCUGUUACUGUUAAUGAAGAGGACUUUGUUAUACCAGAUGUACCUUUCAGUUCUUUACUAACUCCUAGACAAACUUCACCUCCCCCAGCCUCAGUGGCUGAGACUACAAAUACAAAGACUGCAACAACAAUUACCACUACAGAUAGCAGCAAUGGAAAUAAUGAAAGACUUACAAAUGAUAACACAACAUCGAAAUGCAACUCUCAAAAUGGAUCAAGAAGAAGUAGUUGCUCAAUGACCAGUGCCAACGACGAUUUUAUUAUGGUAGAUUUGAAAACUCCUUUCGCUGUAACAAACACCAAUAGCGACUUGGGAACAUUUUAUCGUGAAUGUCAAAGUGCACCGCAACUUCAAGCUUUUAUGGAGGAAAGAACACUCGCAGAGCAAGUGGGAGAUCUUACUAAACAGUUGGAAACAUUCGAAACAAAUAUGCGACGGUAUGAAGAUAUUCUGUCGUCAUUAUGUCAAACAGAAAAUAAUAACUAAUAUCAAAAUCAAACAAUGCAAUAUUAGGUGCUUCAACGAAAAAUGUUAAUAUAUACAACCUGCAUAUAGUCAUAGAUUUGUGCGAUUUUCAU